UAUUUGGUAGUAACAAGUAACAAAGACAGUUAGAGGAAAUGUAGUGGAAUAAAAUUUCACCCGUAUAGAAGGAGAUUGAAGUGAGAAACCUCUAGGUGUUAUGUCCUUUUGUGUUAUGUCGAGAUGCAAAUACCGAGUGCUGACUUUGUGGAUCUUAUCAGAUUUUCUACACACGCUCGUGUAUGUCAACGCUUCGGUUGUGCAUGGUUACUCAUCUGAGGUGCUUGAAUUGAGGAAGUUUUGGGCUGUGCAAGGGCUUGUGGCAGUUUCCUGUGUGACUGACUGUGUAAAGGAGGAAGUGAUUAAACGGAAGGGGAGCACUUCCUUUAAACACCCCCGCUCUUCCUUGUGGUUCGCCGUCACCCUCACAAGAAAAUGAUCUCUGAGAGGCUGUUUGAAAUCGACACCCGUGUGACAGAACUGCUAAUACAAGAGGAUUUAAACGGAGUCUACCUGUCUUAAUCUUUCACUCUCUUUCUCUUCACAUCUCCAGCUCCCUCUUUCUGCUGACCAACAAAAUCACACAUUUCUCACUACGUUCCUCUCAUGCUGACUGAAAAUGGAUGAUAUACACGACAGGGUUCAGAUUGGAGAGAACAAGUUCAUCAGCAAGUCAACUGUCCUCUCCCACCUCAAGACAUACAACCUCUACUAUGAAGGACAAAAUCUACAACUCAGACACAGAGAGGAAGAGGGGGAACUGAUUGUCGAAGGCUUGCUGAAUAUCUUCUGGGGCCUUCGCCGACCAAUCAGGCUUCAGAUGCAGGAUGACCACGAGCGGAUCCGACCGCCCCCCUCCUCUACAUCUUGGCACUCGGGUUGUAAUCUGGACAGUCAAGGUUCCCCCAACAGCACAGAUGGUCAACAGACGUCACAGCAGAGUCCACCCACAGUGGAGGUGACGCUGCCUGACAACCAACCAGAGGACAACGGCGUGAUGGAACAAGAGACAGAGGAGGAGGACAGUGAGACCUCCGCUCAGCUCUUACGGACAAAGAGUGAUGCUGGUGUCUUAAGACGUGGACAGCGACGGUCACCGAGCGACCAGAGGAAAAUAAGACGCCAUCGCUUCUCCAUCAACGGACACUUCUACAACCACAAGACAGCGGUGUUCACUCCUGCUUUUGGCUCGGUGACUAAUGUUCGGAUCAACAGCUGCAUGAGAACUCCGCAAGUGCUGCGAGUUCUCCUCAACAAAUUUAAAAUUGAAAACACUCCUGAUGAUUUUGCGCUCUACCUCGUGCACACGAGUGGAGAGCGCGUGAAACUGAAGCGCAGUGACUAUCCUCUUGUGCUGAGAAUAAUGCAGGGUCCGUGUGAGCAGGUCUGCAAAGUUUUCCUCAUGGAAGAAGAUCUGGGUGAAGAAGUCACAUAUGAUGUGGCACAGUAUAUAAAGUUUGAGAUGCCUGUCCUGCAGAGUUUUAUCACCAAGCUGAAAGAAGAGGAGGACAGAGAGGUGCAGAAACUCAUGAGAAGGUAUAAUUUCCUGCGUUGUAUAAUUGAGAAGCAGCUCCGCUGUGUUCCAGAGGGGGCGACGUGCAUGUGACUCUCUCCAGCACACGGAACUGUCAAAAACAUUCCCAGAGUUAAAUAUCUUUCACCCGGCUGUGACAGCGAAUCACAGGACAACAACUCCAGUGUACGUCUUCCAGUGAUUACCCUGCUCGCCUGAGUUAAUCCCUGCCUCUGCAUGGAGUCGCUCACUCAAUCAGAUUACACACAGGACUCUAACAUGCCGUCCUGUGUGCAUGUUUAAGCGUGACCAUCUUUACAAUAGUCUUGAGAGUCACAGGGACUUGUUUGUGUCCUGAUUCAGACCAAGAGCACCCAGUGUCGUAAGGCCGUCUUCAGGCUAAAGUCGCUACCCAAAAUGAGUUCAAAGCACAAACAUCAUGUUCUAUGGUCUUAGCGAAAGUGCCUGUUUUAAAAGGUUCUAAAAGGUAUGUACCACAAGUAAAAGGGCCUCAAAACACCGUUAUUCCACUGGGUGCUUUUAUGAUGCUUGCUGUCUGAGUGUGUUAAAGCUGCAGUACGCAGGUCUGCUGGAAAAAUCAACACCUGUUUUUAUUGCAUUCAGUUUUCUUCCUCCAACCGUUAGGCUCUUAUUUCCCUUGUUAGGCUGAUUUGCAACAUAGCACGUUGUUGUCGAAAGGAUUAUAAUCGACCCUUUUUGUUUUUACUGCAGCUGAAAACUUUGUGAUUAUGUUGCCAUAGCUACCAUUCUGCAAAUAUGAAUGUUUUUGUUAUUGUAGGUAAGGGAAUAGUUGGUAUUUAUUAAUAUUCUUGUGUACUAUUGAGAAGAUUGAUACAGUUCUCAUGGUUGUACAGGGUGUUUGAGGUCACCAUGAUUAUGUAACAACAUAUAAAUCACUCUGGGAUUCCUUUUUAGCAGUUGUAACAUCAGAUAAAAAUUCAGCUCCCUCAACAUUUAGAUUUGAAAUGAUGCAUUAGGCAAAAAACGUCCUCAGUCACAGCACCUCUGCUGCUCACAUCUGUAUAAAAACCAAAGCACAAAUAUGACAAGUUGUUGUUUUAGAAGGGUUUUUACAGGCUGGGAUGUUUGUAGCUUGUGGUAGAGUUGGACAUAAAACCUGAAAAUCUUUUUCUAUGUGUUGCUUUUUAGAUUAAACAAGCACAGAUAAAAAGUUUUUGUUACCUUUAGAGGUACUGGAUAGGUAGUGGAUCGUUUUUGUUAAGCUAAGCUAACGGAGUGCCCACCAUAGAUUUAUAUUUACUACUAGGGCAGUAACUAUCGAUUAUUUCAAGUACUUCUGUCCGAAAAAUGUCAGAAAAUGUUGAACUGUUGAUGUCCUUUAAAGAAAAACAAAGUCCAGUCUGAAACUGUACAGACCUCAGAUCACCACCAAAGUCGGUCACAGGAAAUGUAAUCAAAAAACAUGCAUUUAACCUUUUAAAUAAUGCUGCUCAUAGACAAACUUUUACCACAGUGGAAUAAAGUUUUAAAAAAAAAUCACAUUCAUUUUCAACCAGCAGCGAUACUAUUUUUUUAUAACCAACAAAGAAUGAAACACAAAGCACAACAAGUGAAAUCCCUCAGACUGUGAAGUGUACGCAUUAUUUUAAGUAUGACAUAAUGUUGUAUAAGAAUGUGUUAAAUGUACAAACGACCACGCGUACAGGUGUCUUGUACGUGUGCUUUUCUCUGCGCGUACGGAGCGUUAGUCAUUAUUUUUAAACGUGUUGAAAAUCUCACCGCAUCAACAAGAGUGUGUGCCUGUUACAUUUUGAGUGACUCUCAAGACUUCCCUGUUUUGUAUCAUGACUUUUUUUACUCAGUAAUGAAGAAAACUUCAAAUGUUCAGGACUCAUGCCACUACUUAAAAACAAGUGUUUUUGUAUGAUUGUUAUUUAAUUAAAAAAAAGAAGUCUUGGUAAGAGAUGUAAAUAUAUGUGUGUUAUUUUGUCUCACCACUGACCUUUGAACCGACAGAGACAUAACAGGAAUCACGGUGAAAGCUCUGGUAAACCUACUUAGAUGUUCUGGGUUAUUCUGCCAGUGAGCGGUUGAAUAAUUCAGACAAAAUUAGCAGCACGUACACAGGUAUUUAUGUGUGAUGUCAGUGGUAGAGCAGCUUAACCGUGCACUCAGCCAAUGAGUGAGUAUGAGUCAAUGAUCCACUCCACCUGAUUGAGCUUGUCUGGAGGAGGAGGAUCAUCGCAGUCUGGCCCUGAAACACACUUUCCCUACACACGGUCAGAGGAGGCAUAAUCUGAGAGGAAGAGCAUCGUCUGACCUGCUGCACCGCUUCUCUUUCUCUACUAACAGACACGCAACAGGAUUAAAACGAUGUUGGGCCUACACAAAGUCCCGCUCACUCUGGCCUUCUGCCUGCUGCUCUCUGCCACACUCUUAUCCAGCUCUGAGGCCCGGCGUGGUGGCUUCGGCCGAGGCGGAGGUGGCUUCAGGGCCGGUCGUGGUCAGGUCUACAGACCAGUAGUGGUCCAGAGAAGUGGUCCCAGUGCUGGCAAAGUAGCAGGGGCAGCCGCAGCAGGAGCCGUGGGAGGAGCAAUGCUGGGGUCUGCCUUGAGCCGCCCUGGCCUUGGGUAUGGUGGGGGUUUCGGUGGGGGUUAUGGUGGAGGUUAUGGUGGGGGUUAUGGAGGAUAUGGAGGAUAUGGAGGGGGCUAUGGCUACCCACGAUAUGGAGGGGGUGUUGGCUAUGGCUCCAGGGGCGGCUAUGAACCAGAGGGUUCUGGAGAUAUGGAGUACUACACUGGCGCGUCCAGUGGCCCAAUCUACAACAGUAUCAUUGUUGUCAUUGGCUCCCUGAUGUCCCUGCUGAUGGGACACUGGGUGGUUCUCAUGCAGCACUGAAGACAGUUCUGAUAUCCCAAAAAACAACUCAUGACCUGACAGUAACAAGGACAAUUUUUGGUUUUGAAUUAAACGUGACCAAAGAAUACGUUACAUGGACAACAGUAUUUGGAUGCCUGACCAUUACACCACCAGGGACAUUAAUGACGUAUUCAAAUGCAUAUACAGCUUCCCCUUUUGCCGCUAUAACAGCUUCCACUCUUCUUGGAAGACUUUCCUCUGGAAGAUUUUGAAGUGUUACUAUUUGAAUUUGUGUCCAUUCAUUCUGCAGAGCCUUGAUGAGGUCAGACACUAAUGUUGGACGAGAAGGUCCGGCUCACAAUCUCUGUUGUCCACGUGUGUGUUCUGUGCAGAGUUCUUCCACACCAAACUCAAAGUCAAACCAUGUCUUCACAGUCUUUGCUUUGUGCACUGAGACACAAUCAUGUUGGAAUAGAAAAGUGUCUUCCUCAAACUGUUGGAAACAUAGCAUUGUCCAAAAUGUCUUGGUAUGCUGAAGCAUUAAGAUUGUCCUUCAUUGGAUAAGUGACUGAAUUCAAAACUUAACAGGUGUGACCAAAUACUUUUGUCCAUAUAGUGUAUUACUCUUGAAUUAUAAUAUAAUAGUCUCUGUGUAAAGUCCAAGAGAGGACGUUUACCUAUUUAACCUCUACAAGAGACUCCAUGCCUAAAUCUGCAGAAAAAGUAAGCACUCCUUCUGCAGAUGUUUAUCAUCAGUGUUGUGUGAUGAUUUGAAUCUGCAUUACGUUCCAAAUUCCCGCUUCUCCUUUUAAUGUGUCCAGUGUUUUUAUACUUUCAAUGACUGAUGAUGAUCGGCCAGGAACCAGAGCAGCUGUACAUGAUCAUGUCAUUCAUCAUAUUUAAUGGGUUUUCUGUCCUGCUUCACUGUAUCUACUCUGUAUGUGUGACAUUUUCAGUACAUUGCUUUAUAUAUUAUUUGUAUGAGUAGAUUUUUAUGUAACAGAACACAAUGUUGCAUAUACCAAAUCUUGUACAAGUGGAAAAAAACCAAACAUUUCUGUUGAUUUUUUUUUUUGUGUGUCUUUGUUGAGGUGAGAAGAGAUUGUAUGUUAAUAUGUCAAUAAUUCUGAUGUGUUUACAAAGUGGGGAUGUUGUGGGGGAUAUUUAUGUAUUUAAUAAUGCAGCUUUAACAAAGUUUCAACAGCCUGCAGUGUUGCAUCAUGUGCUCAAGCUUCCUUUUUAUUCCUCCAAUAAAUAUACAGUGGUAUUCA